GCAGUCUUGCCGGUGAGCAAAAGAAUACGAGGUUUGCAGCUGUGCUUGUGACCUCGGGUUUCAAAGUCCAAGUGCUGACUUAAGAAAUUUCUCCAGCCCCAAGUAGAGCAGAGCAAGCUGGGGCGCCUAGGACAGAACUACCGUUACCACAGCAACCGCACCGCACGCUGUUGCCAUAGAGACCCAAGGCGCCUCAGAAAGCUUAACGUAGAGGCGCCGGCCGCCAGGGAUGCUUCGCGGAGGCUGUAAAGCCUCAGAAAAGCGAAGACACUUAAGCGAGAGCCUCAGCUGGCAGCAAGACCAGGCGCUGAGUAGCAGCAUCUAUCUCCUGCGACAGAUCGGCCCCACAGGCUUCCUACUGAGGGAGGAGGAGCCAGAAAACGGGGAUUUCCGGGUUUUGCUUGGGAACCCACAUGAGUGCAGCUGCCCCUCGUUCCUGAAGAGGGGGGAACUGUGUAAGCACAUAUGCUGGGUAUUGUUGAAAAAAUUCAAGCUUCCAAGGAAUCAUGAGUCUGCUUUCCAGUUGGGUCUUACCGAAGGAGAAAUAAAUGACUUGCUACGGGGGACACAUCAGGUCCAAACCCCACAACUUAGAGCGAGUGAUGAGGCUGCACGAGUGGAAGAGGAUGGCUACCUUAAGCAGAAGGACAUCAGUGCAGGGGAUAUCUGCCCUAUUUGUCAAGAGGUGCUGCUGGAGAAAAAGCUCCCUGUCACCUUCUGCAGGUUUGGUUGUGGUAAUAACGUUCACAUAAAAUGCAUGCGGAUCUUAGCUAACUACCAAGACACGGGGUCAGCGGCCAGUUCCAUGUUGAAAUGUCCGCUGUGCAGAGAAGAGUUUGCACCACUAAAAGUUAUCUUGGAGGAGUUCAAAAACUCUAACAAACUUAUGACGAUAUCUGAGAAAGAACGACUGGACAAGCACCUCGGAAUUCCCUGCAACAACUGUAGCCAGCUGCCAAUCGAGGGCAAGUGCUACAAGUGCACUGAGUGUGUGGAGUAUCACUUAUGCCAGGAGUGCUUUGACAGCUGCUACCACCCUUCCCACGCCUUUGCAUUCCGUGAGAAAAGAAACCAAAGAUGGAGAUCAGUAGAAAAAAGAUCAGAUGUUGUAAAAUAUUUAGAUACUAAAAAUGAGGGAGAAACAAAUAAGCUAUGUUUUCAAGAAAAGCAAGGCCAGUUUUACACACCGAAGCAUGUUGUGAAGUCUCUGCCUCUCCUUCUGAUUACAAAGAACAGCAAGCUGCUUGCCCCAGGGUACCAGUGCCGACUUUGUUUGAAGUCAUUUUGUCUUGGUCAGUAUACCAGACUGCUACCAUGUACUCACAAGUUUCACAGGAAAUGUAUUGACAAUUGGUUAUUCCACAAGUGCAAUUCAUGCCCUAUUGACAGACAAGUCAUAUAUAACCCUCUGAUCUGGAAAGGCACAGCCGUGGAUGGACAAGCACAUCAGCUGGCUUCAAACAAAGACAUCGCCCGUCUGUCGAAGCAGCAAGAGCCAAAACUUUUUAUUCCUGGUACUGGAUUAGUUUUAAAACAAAAUAGAACUGGAAUUUUACCUAGUAUUCCCCAGUAUAAUUCUAAAGUAUUGACUACAUUUCAAAAUCCAUCAGACAACUAUCAGAAUAUAACAAUGGAUGACCUAUGCUCAGUCAAAUUAGAUAAUUCAGAUUCAAGAAAAUUAGUUUUUGGAUAUAAAAUUAGCAAACAGUUCCCCACAUAUCUCCAAGAUCCAGCCACUGGUCAAACACCAUCUCAAACAUUUCUUCCUUCCCUUCCUCAUAAGAAUAUUAUUUGUCUCACUGGAAGGGAAAGCCCACAUAUCUAUAAAAAAGAUCAUACUAGUCAGAGUCGAAAGACAAGCAGAGGUUAUGAACAUAUAAACUAUAACACAAGGAAAUCUCUCGGUACUAGAUUAAGACAAAACAAGAGAUCAAGUACAUUAUCUACAGAAGAUUUAAAUCUUACUAUCAACUGGGGUACAACUAAACUUAGUUUGUCUAAAAGACAAAAUAAUUCCACGGGGAAAGUUAGACAAAAAUGUGGCCGUCCACCCAGACGACCUGCAUAUCCCCCUUUACAAACGCAAAGUGCUGCUUUGUCUUUAAUAAUGGAAGGAAUUCAACUAUGAAAAAAGCAUUUUUAUUACACCAGAAAAAAUGAA